UGUAUUUUCUGAGGACGAGGAAGGUAAACAAAGGGCAAAGGUUCGGACCAAUCACAGACGGCGUUACAGGGCUGCUGAUUGGCCGAGGCGGGAGAGGAACCAGACGGUGUGAGAGCUGCAGCACUUCCCCCUCAGAAAGUUUCACCACUUCUUUAAAAAACAAGGAGCCUUUGACCCACAGGCAGAGAGAAAGCGUCUGUGAAUAUGCUGCCUCGCCUCCCAUGCUGGGAUUAUUCCUCACCGGGGUCGUGUUGAACUGGAUUUACUGGCUGAUAAACUGGACUUUUUAAUCUGCUGCAGGACCCUGGCAGCCAGAGAAGAAGAAGAAGAAGAAGAAGAAGAAGAAGAAGUCAGGGACGGACAGAGAAAGUUGGCAGCACCAUGCAGGGGAACGGAGGAGUGUACGCAGUGAAGAGGAGGAGGAAGCCCGUCCAGAAAAAUGUGAAAAGUCCACCGGUGAAGACCAAUCCGUCCAAACGCCACCGGGACCGUCUGAAUAUAGAGCUGGACCGACUGACCGGCAUGCUGCCUUUCUCUGAGGAGGUCAGAGGUCGCUUGGACAAACUGUCGGUGCUCCGGCUCAGUGUGGGAUACCUCAAGGUUCAGAGCUACUUUCACGCGGUGCUCCGGAAAAAUGCGAGGUCAGCUCCUCUCGUGUCUGCAAACGGCAGAAAUGGACAGACUGUGUCCCUGGAUGGAGUCAGUUUCUCAGAGGGAGAACUCCUGCUUCAGGCUCUGAACGGUUUCGUGCUGGUUGUGACGACUGAUGGAACGAUCUUCUACUCGUCCCCGACCAUCCGGGACUUCUUGGGCUUCCAUCAGUCGGAUGUCUUCCAUCAGAGUGUGUAUGAUCUCGUUCACUUGGAUGACAGAGAGAUGUUCAAGUGUCAGCUCCACUUCGCCCUCAACCCCAGCAAAGCCGACGGAGACAUGGGAGCAGAGGGCGGACAGUCCAGCUCUCAGAACUUCUUGCCACAGUACAUCCCUCCAGAGAACUCCUCUUUCCUGGAGAGAAGCUUCUGCUGCCGCGUUCGCUGCCUCCUGGACAACACCUCUGGAUUCCUGGCUCUAAACUUCAGUGGGCGUCUCAAGUACCUGCACUUCCAGGGAAAUGUCGGGCCCGAUGGGACUGUGGUGCAUCCUCAGCUCGCUCUGUUCGCCAUCGCCACACCUCUGCAGUCUCCCUCGGUCAUGGAGAUCCGCACCAAGACCUUCAUCUUCCAGACCAAACACAGAAUGGACUUUGCUCCUAUGAGCAUAGACACAAGGGGGAAGCUGGUGUUGGGUUAUACGGAGGUAGAGUUGGUCACACCAGGCUCUGGGUAUCAGUUCAUCCACGCUGCUGACAUGAUGUACUGUGCUGACAACCACCUCAAGAUGAUUAAAACCGGAGACAGUGGCUUCACGAUCUUCAGGCUGCUGACUAAAACAGGACAGUGGCUGUGGGUUCAGGCCCAGGCUCGGAUAGUCUUCAAGAAAGGGAGACCAGACUUCAUCAUCGCUCGGCAGAAAGCCCUCACAAAUGAAGAAGGAGAGGAACAGUUGCGCCAGAGAAGACAGCAGCUCCCGUUCAACCUCGCCACCGGUGAAGGUGUCCUGUACGACGUUUCUCUGGACCCCCUCUCCAUCCCUGGUUCUCCUGACACCGGCACACCGGGAACCCCCGAGCCCACAGCGGAGAAACCUCUGCACCCAGCCUCGCUCCUGGGAUCCCUUCACCGGCAGGACCGCUCUGUUUACACCCAGCCAGAGAAGCCCAGUCCCCAGCUCCCAUUCUUCUCCCAAACAGAGGACACUGAUUGUGAACAACCGUCCCUGGAACAAGCCUUUCUGGACAGCCACGCUCUGCUCAGUGUGCCGGUUCAGAGCCAGACUUUGCAGAAGAGGUCCAGCACAGCAGACCUCACAUCAGAGGCCAUGAUUGAAUCUUUGGAGCAGAUUUUGGGAGAUAUCGGGGACGGAGGGAUGGAGGGCCUUGAGGUGGAGGAGACCGAGCUGAGGGAGUGGGAGAAAACCCUCAUCAGGAUGAAUAGAGAGAGGGAAGAUGCAUCGAAUGAGCUGAAUCACAUCCUGGCUAAUGAUGUGUUCUCAUAUGUGGAGGAGGCUCUGAGGAGAGAGACUGGUGGACUUGUCCAGGCUGCAGGUCAGACUGGGUGUCCUGUUUCUGGCAUGAUCAGCAGUCUAUCCAUUCAAGGUGAGCAUCCUGGGUUGUCAAAUAACGAGCCACAGUGGCAGCCAGUGACGGACAUGGAAUCUAAUCAGAGUGGGUUUGGAGGAGAAGCUCGGUUGGGAAAUGUUCUUGGUGGCGUUGGUAGUUCGAACAGACUGAAAAGUGCUUCACAAGCUGUUGUUCAGGGAACGACGAGCACACUAACACCCACUCAGUGUCGAAACACUCAGCGGGGACACGCCUCUUCUCUGUGGCCUCCAAUCAGCAGCAGUCAACACUGUGGCAAUGAGAUGAUGUCAACACAGACACAUCUGUCAUGGCUUCCAUCCACACAAAACACUAACACUAUUCACAGCAGGCUUCAAUCUGGCUUGGAGGUGAUGGACCAAAGUGAGCACUAUUCUCUAAACCACUCUGGUUCACAGCAGACCUCCGUGGAGCUCCAGCCUCAGGACCCCGCAGAGUGGCAACAACAACGGCAGCUGUCGCAAAGUUUUCACCAUCGCACACUUUCACAUUCUUCACACACACCAGGCAGUGUGAACUCAACAGCUCACCCACGAACACAGCGAUUAUCCGGCAGCUGCAUGUAUGAAAAAAGAGAAGGUCACAUACCGAACGCUGCGGCUGUACUCAGCAGACCGAACGGGCCCCUCCUGGGACCCGCGUGCACCAGAGGAGCCACACAUGUUGCAGGGACCACCACAACCGCGGCGACCUUCACCCUGUCCCACCUCGGCAUCAACCAGGGGAUGAUGUCCAGUCCCAGCGCAGAUGUGGGCAACAUCAGCAUGGGUCACCUGAGUGGACAGGACGCACACGUAGGGACGCAUCGACCGGAGUAUCGCGCUGAACACGGAUCAUUACAGUCGUCAUUCUUCUGUUGGAACAGUGAAGCUCAGAUUCCCAAUGGUCCCCUGAACGGCGUUGUCGACCAGUUUGCCUUCCCCGUCAUUCCUGAUGGGACCGUCAACUUUUCCCAGAACACCGGGCUAUAGAGACGUCUGCACCGCGCUGAUAGAUGAGCAUCCAUCAGUGACUCAGAGAGAACUUCUGAGAUCAUUCCGAGAGGAAGAGAUGAUUGCUGUGUCUGCUGUGGCUCACCAAUGAAUAUGGACCUUCUCAUUUCAAUCUAAGAAACCUCUGCUGCCCUACGGCCUUGUUCUCAUCAUGUAAGUGUCCCAUCGAAUAUUGACCUGACCAAUAAUUAGCUGUUUUACAUAACUUCAGUAAGUGUCCUGUCAGCCGAGAUGAAGCACGAACCAAUGGGUUUUUUUCCCAGUUAGUCUAGCAGAAGCAGAUCUGUCAUCGAGGUGCUGUGUCACCGUGGCUCUUUGUAUUUCUUUAAAACAAUCCCAAUCGUCUGUGGUGACAUCAAACCCGGGACACGGCGAAGGUGCCCCUGAAAAAAUAGUGUCGGGGUGCGGGACUUGUUGUGGUGGAACAUGUGCAGGUGGGAAAGCGAGAACUGUACUUGAUUGGUUGAUCUGAAUCUUCCAUCAAAACGUUACAGGCUGGAAGUGAGAGGGGAGGAAAACGCCACCUGCUCAUCUGAUGAGUCUGAAAAAGACUUUGGUGGUUGGAGGAUGAUGUCAUCUCAUCUCCAUCAUUUAACACUUCUUGUAUUUAGUCUGCCUGAAGAAAUGAAUCGUGCGCAAUUUACAAGUCAACGGAUGGUAUAAGAAACUGAAACCGUUCUAACUGAGUCAGACAAAGAUGACCAUGAAAGGAAAAACUACAACUCCCAUAAAAAUAAACUACAACUACACCAGUUUACUCAUUUAUUUAGUUACUCACAAAAUGCAGCGCUGUGGCUCCAGAGUCCUGAGCACUUCUGCUGAAUUGUGAAAUUUUGCCGUUUAUUACAAGCCACUAAAACAGAAUAAAUAUGUAAUAAAUAAUUAUAUAAGCUAUGGUCCUUAUCAAAACAAAGCGUCUGAAGUCCUGGUUGCACUUUGGCUCUCUAGAAAACCGAGGACUUUAAAUUCUAGUUCUUUGCUGCACUUUGUCUCCUGCACUUCAUUGAACACAUGCAGUACUUCGUAUUUACUUCCAGCUCUAUAUUGUGCUCAAGCUUUAGUUUUGUCCACCAGAUAUAAGAUGCUUUGGCCAAAUGAGUAAAAUGUAAUGUAAAUGAAAUCAUUAAUCCCCUUAUGUGGCUUUAAAAGCCAAGAAUAUGUUAUUUGUAUUAAUGUUAUGUGUUGUUUUUUUCCCUCCAAAGAGAUUAUUUGGAUUUUACUCAGCCGUGAAAUGAAAGAGUGGAAUGUAGAAAAACAAAAACAAUUGUAACCGUCUGAGAGUUACAGUUUUAUGUAGACUCAUAUUAUCUGGCAAUUAAAAAAAAAAAAAACGACUAUUUAGUUUUGUAUUGAACAAGUAUGUAAGACACCAAACACACACGAUGCUGUGUGAAAAUACUGUGAAAGUCAUUUCACGAGAUCAUUUCUUGUCACUUCCCUGAAUCCUGUUGUUAAGGUUUUAAUAAGACCCCCACCCACUGAGCAAUAACAGGUUUAUGACACUAUAACGUAGUUGUGAGAAGGUGUAAGGACAAUAUCCAAUAUUUAAACAGAUGUAGAUAUUAAUAAUAAUAUUACACGGAUAUUAUGUUAUUGAUAAGAAAGUAAAAACAGCUAUAAUCAUAUUAGAUGAUAUAUAUGACUCCACAGAUGAGCAGAUAUUUCAGUGUUUAAUAGGUCGACUGAUUCUGGAUUUUUGAGGCCACUCCUGGAAUCAAUAUUAGAGAUUUUUUUGACAAAUCUGAUGAGGACAUAUCAGCUGAUUGUAUUUUAUUUUUAACACAAACAUGUUUUUACGGAAAUAUUUUGCAGUCAGCAGAAUAAACAUGUUAGUGCUCCCAGGAAGAUUUUUCAAAACCAUUGCAAUUUGUCAUUACUCACUGCAAUAAGUUAACAUAUGGACCAUUACUGGUCACUGUGACAACAUGUUGAGCACCAAUGAUCGUUGUUAACUUGUGUAACUGUAAAUGUAACUUAAAGUUCACUUACUAGAUUUAUCUGAGGCUUUAAGCUACAUCUCACAACCUUAAACAACAAGAGGAGAUGGAAUAACAUGUUUCUAUAUAUUAAGGAUAUAUGUGAAUACAUAAAAUACUUAUUAUUUAAUAUUCAUUAAAAACAUAUGGGCAUAUUUAAUAAUAAUAACUGUUACUUUGUCGUUCAGUUUUAUAUUUAUUCAGUAUCCAGUCACAGCUGCUUCACAGGAUGAGUUAUAAAAGCUGUAAAAAUGUCUUAGCUACAUAAAAAGACUUGUUAUAGUGUAUUAUAAACAUGGAUAAAAUAAGGGGGAGGUUAAAAUAAAGUGUUAUCUUAGUAAAACACUUUAUUUAACCCCCAGUGUAGUCUUCAUAAGAAGCCUAUAUGCACCAGAUUAUACACUAUACACUCUGAAAUACACUCAAACAUUUUAGUUUUAAUUAUUGAUAAAAUAUAAUUAUAAAAUUAAUGUAAACAUAUUUACAGUCAUGCCAGCAUGUUGAGCUGCAUAGUUCAUUCUCAACCUUUAACCAAGAAAAUGGAAUAAAAAAAAGAAAAAAACAGAACUCAAAGUCCACUUGAGCUUUCAGUCAGAUCUCAACGCUUUCAACAGGGGAUGUACAAGAGAGUAAGGAAAAGUAUUUUUAAAUAAAUGAAUGAAACCGUUAAUAAAUAUUCAUAGAAAAUAUGAGGACAUAUUUUAUAAUAUAUAAUUACCACUGUGUUAUACUAUAUUUUAACCAGUUACAGAUGCUUCACACAAAUAAACAUUACAAGAAACAGCGACAUUGUAUUGUCUUAUAAAGCAUUUAUUCAUUUUUACAACACGUUUUUUUACAAAUGCCAGAUACUGAAAGAAAGAAGGGAUUGUCCCAGACAGCCUGUUAGACUUUAUACUCUCUGUUGGUUUCAUGGCACUUUUCUAAUGUUUUCAUCUGGCAUUUUUAUUUUGGAGACGAGGGAGAGAGACGGCAGAUCGAGUGCUAACUGUGAACAGAUUGAAAUUUGGCAGCGUGACUCAGAACUGUAAAAAGCUAUUGUAUAAUUUCACCUCGAAAAUCCUGUAUCAGCUGUAUCAACAUGGAAAUGUGGUUUUGUUUUGUCAAGUCAUGUUGAUAAAGUAAAUAUGCACCUGAAUACAUUUUGUUGUACUUGUAGAAGAUUAUUAUUGCCAUAUUAUUCUGUGUCUGGAAUAUUAACGGUAAUGUUACACUCUGUAUUCUCUGUGUACAAAAUAUAACCACUGGGGACAAGUGUAAUUUAUUUUUGCCAUUAAAGAAUCGUCACCCCUC